AGGAUACAAACAGAAGGUUAGCCCGGCUGACAGCAACUCAUCUUUCAGUGGGGAAAGGGAUUCUCUGAACUGUCGCCUCGGAUCGAUAUUGCUUCUGUUAUGAGAAGAAAACACUGGCUCUGUUAGGACUCUGAUUGAACACCAUGGCUGCAGUCCCUCCUCUCAGACGGACGGAUUCAGCCCGGGGGGAGUUCUCCCCUCUCAAGAGAUUUGUUGUGGCCAAGAAGAAGAUAAGCGAUGUGUUUGAACAACUACUGAACUACGUGAAAGAGACUUCAGAGUUUGUAGAAGAAACCAAUGGGAACAAAGCUUUGCAGAACAUUGCGAGUCAGGAUCAAAAGUUGGAGAUCCAGGCGUAUGCUGACAAACUUGCUGUCAUUAAGGAGGUGCUGGCACGCAGACACAUGAAAGUGGCCUUUUUUGGCAGGACGAGUAAUGGUAAAAGCACAGUGGUCAACGCCAUGCUGAGGGACCGCGUGCUGCCCAGCGGGAUCGGCCACACCACUAACUGCUUCCUCAGUGUGGAGGGCACUGAUGAAGACAAGGCCUACCUCAAGACAGAGGGCUCUGAUGAGGAGAAGAGCAUCAAGACUGUAAACCAGCUGGCUCACGCGCUCCACAUGGACGAGAGUCUGGACGCCGGCUGUCUCGUCCGUGUGUUUUGGCCGAAGACAAAGUGUGCUUUGCUCCGAGACGACCUGGUACUCGUAGACAGCCCAGGGACAGAUGUCACAUCUGAACUGGACAGCUGGAUUGACAAAUUCUGCCUGGAUGCCGAUGUAUUUGUGCUAGUGGCCAACUCUGAAUCAACGCUUAUGAACACGGAAAAACACUUUUUCCACAAAGUCAACGAACGUCUGUCAAAACCCAACAUCUUCAUCCUCAACAACCGCUGGGAUGCCUCAGCCAAUGAGCCAGAGUACAUGGAGGAUGUGAGGAAGCAGCACACGGACCGUUGUGUGAACUUCCUGGUGGAGGAGCUGAAGGUUGUGGAUCGCGAUCAGGCACCCAACCGCAUUUUCUUCGUCUCCGCCAAAGAGGUGCUCAACUCCCGCAUGCAGCGUGCUCAGGGCAUGCCUGAAUCAGGUGGAGCCCUGGCUGAGGGCUUCCAUGAGAGACUGAAGGAGUUCCAAUGCUUUGAGAGGAGGUUUGAGGAGUGUAUCUCGCAGUCAGCAGUGAAAACAAAGUUUGAGCAGCACACUAUCAGGGCCAAGCUGAUCACAGAAAAAGUCAAGAGCAUCAUGGACGCCAUCAACAUUGAGGCGGCGGAGAAGAGAGUGGCAGCACUGGAGGACAGAGAGUAUCAGAUAGACCGGCUGGAGUUUGUGAAGAAUCAGCUCCGCCUGCUGAUCGAUGACAUCAAGGCUAAGAUCAAGGCCAUCAGUGCGGACGUUGAGAAUAAGUGGACCGAGGCGUGGACGGCGUCGGAGCAGCGGAAGGCCAGGUUCUUCCCCAUCCCCUCCUCCACACUUGUAGAUCUUAAGGACAUGUGGCGAUGGGUGGAAGUCAGAGUGGAACUCAUCAACGAUUACAUGGAGACGGCAGAUCUCCUCUCCCAUGGCGAUGGAUACCUGGAAGAAAGACAACCAGAAAUAUCAGUCAGCUACAGAACGCCAGCACUGAGCAGGAACAACUUGUGGCCCUCCUCAAAGAACCCCGAAGUGUGGAAAGCAGUUGGCUGGAAGCUGAUCGCCCUGUCCUCCUCCCUGUACGGUCUGCUGUAUCUGUACGAGAGACUCACCUGGACCACCAAGGCAAAGGAGCGCACUCUGAAGCGUCAGUUUGUCGACUACGCCACAGACAGGCUGCAGCUCAUCGUCAACUUCACGAGUGCAAACUGCAGCCACCAGGUCCAACAGGAGAUGGCGGCGACCUUUGCUCGGCUCUGUCAGCAGGUGGACCAGACGCAGAAAGAGCUGGAGGCUGAAAUCCGCCAACUGACAGCCAAGAUAGAUCAGCUGGAGACGGUCCAGAGCCACUCCAAGAUCCUGAGACAUAAAGCCACAGAUCUGGAGAAACAGUUGGAGGCGUUCACAUACGAGUACCUGCAGCCUCAGCAGUGAGCUGCUCCGGCUCCUCCUCCUCCUCCACAGUUUGGUUCUUGUUGAGCCAAUCAUUCCUCAGCCUCACAGCGGCGGCCCCCCUCCCCUGAACUACUCCACAGACUCUGUGUGGACAGUAGUGCUGGAAAGAUCAAUGGAUGCAUUUUGGUCUAUCAACAAAAAUGAAAUAUAUAGGUAUUUUGAUAAUCAAUGAAAGGUUAGUCAUUUAUAAGGCAAGAAUACCAAACUUCUGCUGCUUCUAAACUAUGAAGGGUUUGUCCUUUUGUGUCAUUUGUAAAAAUGUAAUUUCUUUUUGAUUUUUGGGCUAAUGCUCAUUUCUCUCUUUUUGACAUUUUGUAGACUAAUCAAGGAAAAAAAAGAACAAUUGGUAAUGGAAAUAAUCUGUAGUUUCACUCUUGGUAGACAGAGCGAAAAAAGGCCCAGUCCCAACAGUAUUUUCCUCUUCCUCCCCUCAGCCAGACAGGUAUUGCCUACAAAACUGCAGUGAACCACUGUAAACAAAACUGCCUGUAAAACAAAGAAACGUGGACUCAGACGCUCCUAAAGGUGGCAAUUUAAUCUUGGUCGGUGAGAAAGCUACCGGUCGGGUUCUACAUUUGACACUAACGUGCUUCUAACUGUGAAUAUGCCUUUUGAGUAAAUGAAGUUUGAGUGUAUGUUAGAUUGUACAUGCAUCUGUUCGGGCACAUGAAAAAUAAAUAUAUUUAAUAGAAAAAGAGAAAUGUUUUUUUUCUUCAUCAUAAGGACCUAGUAUACAUUUUCAUUGAAAGGGGAAAGCAUGUCUUUAGCAAACUGUUGGUUAAUGUUAUAUUUUCUAACCUUUCAAACUGUAUAGAUUCAAAGAUUUGGAAAUCCUCAUAUUUUAUAAUAUUUUAUUUAUAUCCAUUAGACUUCUAAUGACAAGUACACCAGUCUGCACUUUGUAUAUCUGUCUGCUUCUUUUUUUUUGAAUGUGUGUUGAAAUACCUCCAGAUUUACCCGAUUUGUAUUAAAUCUGCCACAAUCUAAAA